AUGUGUGGGGUCUCGCUUCUGGCGUUUCUGCUUCUGCUAUCCCUCUGUGCCGAAGCUUCUGUUCACGAUUAUAGAGGAGAGAAAUUCGCGGCCAAAGGCAACGCCUUUGUCGUCCAUGGAGGUAGCGAAGGAAUUUACGCUUCUGUCCCCAAUCUCACCGACACUUACCCACCGCCAAAUCCUGAUUCUUACAUACGAUUUGAAAGGAUAACAUUUCGGAGAAGCAAGGAGUUUUCUAAUUUCAGUUCAUGGCCGAUUCAAGCUGUUCUUUUUGAAGUUGAAGAUAGAGAAACAAUUGGUGGUUCAGCUUAUGGGGGUCAAAGGGCUGUCUGCUGCACCAGCGAUCUAGCAAAACUCGGUGUGUGCGCUGAAGGACAGGUGAUUUACCGGCCUUCUGUAGAGAAUCCUGAUUGGCCUCAAGUUUUUGGUGUCCCUUUUGAAAUUGAUGAUGAAGAGGCGGUGCUGCCCUUGAAAUCUAUACAAAUCACAAAAACUGGGAUGUAUAACUUGUAUUUCAUCCAUUGUGAUACUAGGCUUAAAGAAUUGGUUGUGGAAGGGAAAACUGUAUGGAAAAAUCCCUCUGGUUAUCUGCCUGGUAGAAUGGCGCCUAUGAAAAUUUUCUACCAAUUCAUGUCUUUUGCAUAUAUAUUGCUUGGGAUCUUUUGGUUCUCUCAGUAUGCUAGAUUCUGGAGGGAAGUAUUUCCCCUGCAGAACUGCAUUACCCUGGUGAUAACCCUAGGCAUGUUUGAGAUGGCUCUGUGGUACUUUGACUAUGCUGAAUUCAGUGAGACUGGAAUCAGGCCAACUGGGACAACCAUAUGGGCAGUCACCUUUGGGACUGUUAAGCGGACAGUGGCACGUUUGGUCAUUUUAAUGGUUUCAAUGGGCUACGGUGUUGUGAGACCUUCCCUUGGUGGGCUUACAUCAAAGGUGGUUAUGCUUGGAGGAACAUUCUUUCUUGCAUCUGAAGUGCUUGAGUUGGUAGAAAACGUUGGUGCAGUAAGUGAUCUUUCUGGAAAGGCAAAACUGUUCUUGGUUCUUCCGGCUGCUGUAUUGGAUGUGUUCUUCAUUCUUUGGAUUUUCACUUCACUCUCUGCAACUUUAAAUAAGCUUCAGGCCAGAAGAAUGAUGAUAAAAUUAGAUAUUUACAGGAAGUUCACUAAUGCUUUGGCAGUAGCUGUGAUUGUAUCUGUGGGCUGGAUAUGUUACGAGCUUUAUUUCAAAUCAAAUGAUGUAUACAAUGAGCAGUGGCAGAAUGCAUGGAUCAUCCCGGCCUUCUGGCAAGUUCUGUCUUACUCUCUCUUGUGUAUUAUCUGCAUUCUUUGGGCACCAUCUCAAAGUGCAACACGAUAUGCUUACCGUGAUGAUGGGAGCGAUGAGUUUGAUAGGGAUGAGACUACUUUAACGCUCAUAAAACCAUCACCUAUUUCUUCAAAAGAUGUUCGAAGUGUGGCAGAUGGUAGACCAGUGCAAAGCAGUAACGGGAACUCAAAUGAUGAUUUAGAAGAAGACAAGAGAGAAUGA